AUGAAGCAGCGGUGGUGGUCGUCGUUGUUGUUGUUGUUGUUGUUGUUGUUGUUGUUGUUGUUGUUGUUGUUGUUGUUGUUGUUGUCGUCGAGAGCGUUGAGGUGUCGGUGGGUAGGGGUUGUGGGCGGUGUCGCGCAGGCAAAGCGAAUGCAGUGCAGUGGUGGUCUUUCUUCGGCGGGUGGCAGUCAGUGGCGGUUGGCUGAGACAGAUGACCGAGCGCGUGUUGUCAGAUCUGACGGCACGGCGGGGCCUGGUCGUUUGCAGAGACAAGACGGCGGCGGGGCUGUUGGGAGGGGCGGAGCGUGCAGCGGUGGUGAUGUAGAGUCACCGGCAACAGCAAUAAUUAGUCAGGCAGUCAAGGCGAGGACGAAGAGAGAGACAAGACGCAGAGGCGCUGCGCAGCGAUGGAGGCUCUCCUCUCUCACGACACACAAGAGAAUGCAGCCGGACACACCCCAGUUCAUCAAGCUGUGUGUUCCCGCAAGGCUUCCAUUCCUUCGAGAAGCCGUCCAGCGCUCCCCAGGAGCCUUAACCGCGUCUUGUCUCACCUGCCCGUUUGCAAGUGCCCUCCUUCGAGCUGCCCUCGGAAACGCCUCCGCUUUGAUGACCUUCACUUCUUUGUCGGCCUCGCCGUCGGCAAGCCGAACGCAAUACCAACUGUUAUCUCUGAUCGCCGAUGGCUGCAGAAACUACAGAAAAGCGAACCGUGAGCGUGGCCAUUCGAAAGAGAGGGGGAGCGCACAGAAAGUCCUUGGCCCCACCGCGCCCGCUUCUGCUAGUCGUCGACCCUACAAGGAAGCACCUCUUAGCGCCGCAGUAGCGCUCAUGGAAGUCUGUUGCGCAACUGGCUCCAAGUCUCUUUGGUUUGCUCCAUGCUGUUGUACCUCUCGAAGAUCCCAUCUCACGCGCAUUCCUGACGUAUCUCCUGAGCGACGAAAACACCUCCCAACGUGUCGGGUCGUGACGACAGUUCGCUGGAAUGGAACCCUCCAUUCCUUUGUCGCCUGCACGUGCAACCGACCCGCCAUCUUGAAACAGGCGGAUCCAGUCAGCUUAGCACACGAAGAAUGGCGACAAUUGUGGAACUCCGUGUGGGUGUGCACGAGAUACGAGAGAUUUGCUGUGAUGUAA